AUGUCUGCAAAGCCCACCACGCCCCCCAACCUGGGCAAGGUCCUCGUCGUCGGCGGCAACGGCUUCCUCGGCCACCACGUGGUCAACCAACUCCUGGCCGGCGACCGCUGGGCCGUCGCAUCCGUCGACGUUGUAGAUCUCCGCUGCGCCAACAACCGCAACCCCAAAGCCAACUACCACGAGGCGGACAUCACCGACGUAGACAAGAUCAAGUCCCUCUUCGAGAACGUUAAACCCGACGUCGUCGUCCACACCGCCUCCCCCGCGCCCCAGGGCGAUAGCGCCAUCGCAAAGGAUCUCUUCCGCAAGGUCAACGUCGACGGCACCGCUUCCAUCAUCGCCGCCUGCCUGGCCGCCUCCGUAAAGGCUCUCGUCUACACGUCUUCCGCGAGUAUCAUUAGCGACAAUGCCACCGACCUUAUCAAUGCCGACGAGCGUUGGCCCGUCAUCCGCGGCGAACUGCAGACGGAGUAUUACUCCGAGACCAAGGCCGCCGCAGAAGAAUUGGUCCUCGAGGCAAACCGCCAAGACCCCUACCCCCUCCUCACAUCCGCCAUCCGCCCCGCGGGCAUCUUCGGCGAGGGCGACACCAUGGUGACGCACCAAAUGGUCAAGAUCUACCGCGAGGGCAAGACGGGCGUGCAGCUCGGCGACAACGACAACCUCUUCGACUUCACCUACGUCGGCAACGUCGCCCACGCCCACCUCCUCGCCGCCCGCCUCCUCCUCGCGACCGCCGCCUCCUCCAUCACGCCCCUCGACCACGAAAAGGUCGACGGCGAGGCCUUCCUCGUCACAAACGACAGCCCCAUCUACUUUUGGGAUUUCGCCCGCGCCAUCUGGCGCGCCGCCGGCUCCGACAAGGGCACCGACCACGCCUGGAAGAUCUCCCGCGAGUUCGGCAUCGCGCUGGGCUUCUGCUCCGAAAUCUUCUUCGCCAUCAUCGGCAAGCCGCCCAUCUUCAACCGCCAGCGCUGCAUCUACAGCUGCAUGACGCGCUACUACAACAUCAGCAAGGCCAAGCGCCUCCUCGGGUACCGACCCAUUGUCGGCCUUGACGACGGCAUCAAGAGGGGCGUGCAGUGGUUCCUCGACCAGGAGAAGGCUGGCAAGGUGAGCGUCAAGGCAUGA